AAUAUAUAUAUCGAAUUUCUUAUUGAAUAAUAUUCUUCUUUCUGAAAAGCCUGCAGCUGAGAGGAAACUCUGCCUUGGCCUUGCCUGAUCGACGGCUUCACAAGCUUCGUUGCUGUUGGAAUUCCUGUGAAUUUGUUCUAGGGCACCGGAUAUUGGGCCGCGUCUCUGAUCAAUUCAAGGUCGGGAUCCAACACUUAUACCUGAUUGUGAAAUACUCAACUCAGAUGCCGGAGGACGAUUUGAUUGACAUUAAGUUCAGGCUCUACGAUGGUUCUGAUAUUGGACCAUUUCGAUACUCGUCCGCAUCGACAAUAGAUGUGCUUAAGCAGAGAAUAGUGUCCGAUUGGCCCAAAGGCAAAACAAUCACUCCAAAGGCAGCAAGUGAAGUAAAACUGAUAAGUUCUGGAAAAAUUUUGGAAAAUAACAAGACUGUUGGUCAGUGUAAAUUACCUUUUGGUGAGUUCACUGGAGGAGUUACUAUAAUGCACGUUGUUGUACAGCCAUCCCUAGCAAAAGCUAAAACAGAGAAAAAGACUGACAAUUCGCAACAGAAGAUCGUGUGCUCCUGUUCCAUACUUUGAAACACAACACGAAUGAUAUGAUUCGUUUGGAGAAGCUAGGUCAUCUCUCUUAGAGGGUUUGCAGAUAGAAGAAGAGGGCUAUUUAUAGAUUUUGAGAUGAGUUCAAAGGUCUAGAAUACUCCUUAGGGAUACUGCUCGAGUACUAAGGCAAUUAGGGUAAUUUUGGAAAGUUGCAAGAGUAUUUCUAUCCCUAUACUUUUUUCCCCAUCAAAAGAAUAUAUAUACUUCUUCCAAUUUGAAAAAAGGGAAAUUUUCUAUCUUAUAC